AUGUGGAUGCCCAGCUUGCUGCGGAAGCUGCCCGGAGGUCUGUUCAUAAACCCAGAUACAGCCCGUAUGCCAAAGCAGGGAGAGCGAGGAGGAACAGGACAAAAACGAUACGAGUGCAACUCGGGCGAAACAAGGGGACGACCUCUUUUGCCUCGACCAAGGUAUCAGCGGGAAAGCUCGCCUGGCACAACUUGCGUUGCCCCUCCUCUCCGAUCCCCGAGGCCCAGCCCGGCGGGUUUAGCCGGGGUUCACUGUUCCAGCUGGCAAUCGUCGGCCGGGUCAUCCAUCCAGAGCCAGGAUGACUACCUCGCGAGUGCGGGGGGUUUGCCAUCCAUUGGCGGUCAUGUAAACUACAACAUGGGCAGCUUUCGCCCUCGCAUGCGGUGGCGAAAACCUGCCGGAGCAGCCAGCCACGCCCGUCGCAAAUCAAGCCGCCGCGCCGACUCCCUCUCGCCAUCGCUUCUCUCUCGCAGCCACGCACUCGGUGUAUACGGGCUCGGGAGGGCCGCCUUUGUCUUGGCAACCCUGCAGCGUGGCAGAACACACGCGCAAAUCACAUGCCAGUGCAUACUCGUUGACGAAGGAACCUGGGACAAGGCUUUUCGCCCAGUCGAGUCCCAUGUGUUUCUUAGAGAAGAAAAAGGCAUCACUAUGAAACUGGUGCAUUGCCUGUCUUCUCAUCUCAGUCGCCACGAACCGCAACGCUCCGAUGAAUGGCAUGCCGCCGCCCUCUGCGCCAUUGACAAUUCCCCCGCAAGAUGCGGCUCAGCUAGUCCCAACAGCACUAGCUCUGCAUACACGGCGGAGACGAGACAAGCCAGCUCUCGCCAAUGA